AUGGUUGGCCUAGGGCCUAGUGAUCAAGGAUGUGAUUCCUUUGAUGUGUGUAUGGUGACACGUGAAACUACACCGAGUGCGGUCGGCCGUGAGAGCACCGCACUGAACGUCGGUAAUGACAUUUUUGGCCAUAUGCCAUUUAGAGUGGACGGCCGUGAGGGCACCACGCUUAACGCCGGUAAUGGCGUUGUUGGCGAUUCGCCAUAUUGUGUGGGCGGCCGUGACGGCACCACACCUAAUGUCAGUAAUGAUAUUGUUGGCGAUACGCCGUAUAGAGUGGACGGCCGUGAGGGCACCACGCUUAACGCCGGUAAUGGCGUUGUUGGCGAUUCGCCAUAUGGUGUGGGCGGCCGUGAGGGCACCACACCAAAUGUCAGUAAUGAUAUUGUUGUCGAUACUCCGUAUAGUGUGGACGGCCGUGAGGGCACCACGCUUAACGCCAGUAAUGGCAUUGUUGGCGAUACGUCAUACAGUAAGGACGGCCCUGAGGGCAACACACCUAAUGUCGGUAAUGACUUUAUUGGCGAGACGCCGUUAAAUUUGGGGCUAGGCCCGCAUAAUACACGUGGAGUGGCACGUUUCAAUCCACUGGGUGAAGUGCUCGAGUUGCGUAACACUUCACCGGAUGUCGGUCAAGACAAAAGCUCUCGUACAGAGCGUCUCGAAGAGACGAUCGAGACGCCGGGUAGCAUUUUUUAUGCGCCAGGCGUCCUCACAGUCACAUUGUGA